AGGAGGGAGGGCGGAGGCGGCUGGGCCGGGCUGGAAGGCAGCAGGGGCCGCCUCCUCGCCCGGGCCCGGGGGAGGGAUUUAGCCAGCGCUUGGGCUGCUCCGCCUGCUGCUGGGCCUCCAGGCUGCUCCGACCCCCGGCAGCUCCGCGUUCCCAUCAGGCAGGCGCUCUCCAAACGCGGCCAAGGACGCGGGGACCUCUCCAAAGCCGGCUGCGCGCCAAGGCGCACCGGGCGCAGCGCCUUCUCCGCGAUCGGCGGUGGCGCGGCCGGCAGAGGCGAUGGGGCUGCUCUGGGGGUUCGGGGUGCUGCUGGCUACGUGGGGCUGCCUCGGCUCGUGGGCUCAAACCAGAUCGGCGCCACUAGAGCAGCGAGGAAGCGGCUCGAGAGCGCAAGGCGCAGAAAUGAAGCACCGGUCGGAGGGUGCAACCGGGCUACCUGAUCCCAUGCAUGUUGACUUUGGAAGUGGCCGUGCCCGGCAGCGAUGGGAUAAACUGGCUUGCCACUGGCCCGUGACGCCAAGGAUCCUGGAAGGCAACCGGACCCUGAAGGAGGCCGAGCUGGGGCAGGAGGAGUUCCCGGCGCAACUGCAAAUUGCUCUGGAGGUGGAGGGCGAGAACCUUCUCUUGGACUUGGUGCAGAAUUGGGAGCUGCUGGCAGGUACCCAAGGCCUGGUAUAUUACCUUCCCAAUGGGACGAGGGCGACACAUCGGACGAGCACGGAGAGGAAUUGCUGUUAUCGGGGUAGCGUCCAGGGGUACAUGGACUCCUGGGCCAAUGUCUGCGUCUGCUCUGGUUUGAGCGGCCUCCUUGUCCUGUCCACGGACAGAAGCUACAUCCUUGAGUCCAGCACCGAAGGGACCAAAGCCUAUAGGCCUCAGGGUGUCAGGCAAGAGACGGGGGAAUGCAGGCCGUUCUCGCUGCCCCGUCAUCGGCUUCACUCACAGCCAGAGCUGGAUCACAGUCCGUUCCAUAGGGCGAAGCGAGAGGCAGAGCCCCAGGUGAAGCAAGCGAAGGUGGAGUCCUAUCAUGGAUACGUUGAGCUCGUGAUUGUAGCGGACCAUGCAGAGUUCCAGCUGGAUCCUGAUGUAAACCGAAUCCACAUACGGAUGCUAGAAAUUGCCAGCCACAUGGAUGGGUUUUAUCGGACGCUGGGUCUGCGGGUGGCAGUUGUUGGCAGAGAAGUCUGGAGCCAUGAAGACGCUGUGUCGGUCGACGGUCCCCCUCGGGCAGUCCUGGAACGGUUUCUGAAGUGGAGGCAGCAGGAGCUUUUGCCUCGUAUCCCACACGACAGUGCCCAGCUUAUCAUGGGGUCCCCAUUCACUGGCGGCUUGAUAGGAACGGCUACCCAAGGCUCUAUUUGCUCCAGACGCUCCGGUGGGGUCAGUAUGGACCACUCCGUCAGUCCCUUGGUGAUGGCUUCCACUCUCUCGCACCAACUAGGCCACAACCUGGGCCUUGACCACGACGGACCUGACUGUGGUUGUGACGGCUCAAGCCCCAUCCUUCCUCCAGGCCGCAGUUGUAUCAUGGAGUCACCUACUGGGUUGACGCCUGGGCUGAGUUUCAGCCACUGUAGCCACCAGCGGCUCCAACAGAUCCUGCAGAGCAGUCGAGUCUGGUGUCUCAAGGAUGUGCCCAGCCCGGACCGCCUCGUGGAGUCGCGCUGCGGCAACUAUCUUGUGGAGCCUAAGGAGCAAUGUGAUUGUGGCCUCCAAGAGGAGUGUUUGGACCCAUGCUGUAAUGCAAGCACAUGCCAGCUCAAGCCUGGAGCCGAGUGUGCCACCGGGGGAGCCUGCUGCCAUGAGUGCAAGCUCCGUACGGCUGGUUUUCCUUGCCGUGAGCCCCAGAACGAAUGUGACCUCCCCGAAUUCUGCAGCGGAGCCUCCCCGCACUGCCCCUCCAAUCUCCACAAGCAGGACGGGACGCCAUGCAGGGGAGGCGAGGUCAUCUGCUAUGGCGGGACCUGCCCCCUCUACUCCAGUCAGUGCCAAGAACUUUGGGGUCCAGGUUCGGUCCCAGUCUCCGAGGCCUGCACGGCCUCUCUGAACAGCAGGGGCGACCUGGAGGGACACUGUGGCCAGCGAGCCAACGGCUCCUACAUUCCUUGCUCCCAGCGGGAUGUGUUGUGUGGACGACUGCAAUGCCAAGGAGGCAGUGGCAACACUAGAAACCAGCGAAAGACGGCCUCGACACCUGCAUGUCCUCACAACACACCAGCCCCUACCGAUGACCUCCUAGAUUUGGCCAUGGUAUGGCCGGGCACCGCCUGUGGGCCUAGCAAGGUCUGCCUUGAGCAAAGAUGCCAGGAUCUCUCCGCACUGAAGAUACCAGUUUGCCAGUGCAACGGACAUGGGGUGUGUAACAACCAAGGAAACUGUCAUUGCCAGCCAGGUUGGGCGCCCCCGGACUGCCUGAGCAGCGGAGCUGGAGGCAGCGUGGAUGGUGGGUCUCCCACCAUUGAGCAAGCAGGCAGGGGCGCUUCGACUGCCUUGGUGCUGAGCAGCCUGUUCCUCGUCCUGCUGCUGGGCGUCGGGCUUUGCUGGGCCAAGCGGGUCGGGCUGCACAAGCGUCUCUGCCAGUUUGGAAAGGGCACGAGCUGCCAGUACAGGAUCACCCACCCGGAACCUGGGUGUUACAGCCACGCGCCCCCCGAGCGCCCCCAACCUCCGCGGUGGCGGCAGAACACUGAACUGCAGAUCAUGCCAAGCUCCAAGCCUGCUCCCCUGGGCGCCACUCGGCCCAACCCGCCGUCCAAGCCACUCCCGCCUGACCCGACCCCAAAGGGUCAACAGGCUUUGGUCCAGGACCGGCCAGCGCCCCCUACGCGCCCGCUGCCUGCUGACCCCAUUCCUAAAGAUACUCAGCCCCCCGGCCCCGCCAAGCCCCCGCCUCCCCGGAAACCGCUGCCUUCGGACCCGCCCCGGACUGAGCUGUGUGCUGUUCCCAACUACGACCCCCGGGUCCUGAUGCUGCCGGCCAGGCCUGCUCCUCCUCCUCCUCCAACUUGCUCAACGGCCGGCUUCUCCGCGCAGGUCCAAGAAAUCUAACCCAGCCUGAACCGGCCUGAGGCGUCUACCCCAUCCCAGCUGGCUUUCUCUAGCCAAAAGGAGCCGUGGGAUGCCGAUACGCUGGACCAUCUUUGGUGCUUGCUUUGCCGACUUGGUGGAUGUAUCAAGGACUGCGCUAUGCCUCCAGCAAGGCCAAGCACCUCUUUCCGGUCUCGGAAAGUUGCACUCCAGACUUGGCUGCAGCUCAGUGAUUUUUGUAAAUUUUUAUUGUUUGGCUCAAAGCCUCUGUCCUGCCGUGGUUUCAGAAUCUGGAAGCAGGGAGUUUUGGGGAAGGGGGAAAGUCUUUGCACUGGAAGGAGGCGGCAGCAAGAUUCCUCUCUGGAGGUUUGCACGUGUGUGUGGAGAGUAGCAGUCGCCGAGGGAGGCUGUUCCCUAAGGGAAUCCUUCCUUCAGCAACCCUGGCUGGCCGUUGCCCGUAACUUUGGGGGGUUGGGGUGUGGGGCAGCUUUUGUUCUUAAUAAAGCAAGCUGGUUCUCUCCA